AUGGUGACCAUCAUUAAAACAGUUAGGGAAGGUGAAAAUGAAAUGGUGUGGUCUGGCCUGAGGAAAAGAAUGAAAGCUCGUGCUCCCCCUCCACCAAAUCAACCUUCUGCAGCAAGUAGAAUUCACAGUGAGCACAAGUCACCUGCAGAGACAGCUGUAAUUUCUGAUCAGAACCUUAUGAGCAUGAAAGAGAACAUGAUAAACAGGCUGGUGGACUUCACAGUUGUUCUACCCAGUGGAGUGGAGCAGAAGUGCACUGUGCAAGGAAGUAAAGCUGUGAUGGAUGUAUUGGUUGAUUUAUGCAGCCAGUAUCACUUAAAUCCAUCCCAACAUAGUCUUGAACUAAAGUCUUCGGGAACUCAACAAGUUCUGAGUUACAAGCCAAACACUUUGAUAGGAGCACUGGAUGUACAGACAGUACUUCUGAAAGAGAAGAUUCCUGAAGAGAAGGCAAAGCGACCUUUGCCAAGGGUCCCUGAGAAAUCUGUGAGGCUGGUAGUGAACUACCUGAAGACACAGAAGGCUGUGGUUCGAGUUAGCCCAGAGGUUCCUCUCCACAGCAUCAUCCCAGCUAUUUGUGAGAAGUGUGAAGUCAGUCAAGAGCACAUUGUUCUUCUGCGGGAUGGCAUAACUGGGGAAGAGCUGGAGCUCACCAAGUCUUUGGAGGAGCUAGGAAUAAAGGAGCUGUAUGCCUGGGACAGAAAAAAAGUUCCUCCAUCAAAAACUCAGUCUGAACCUUCUCUGAACUAUAGAGAACCAAAUCGAAAGGCUUCAGUAAGCAGUGAUGCAAUAGAGAAAGAAAAGACAAGACUUUUGGGAUUGUUUAAUGCUGAUAGAAGAAACAGCAAGACAGAAGAAUACUUGAGGAUGAACAGAGAUUGUGGAGAGGAGGAUGUUUUUAGUUCUGCAUCUACAAGUGAAGGAAGCUUGGAUGGUUUUUCCACAGCACCAAAUUCCCCUUCGGUGAAUUCUCGUUCCAGUAGCCUGGGUUCAUCACUGUCCCUUGGUAACAUCUCUGGAAUGACAGCAAACCCAGAAGGGAAAAAGCGCAGAGCACCUCCUCCACCAGUUUCAACAGCAGUAUUGCCGAACGUGGAGGUGAGGGGACAAGAGAGGACAGCAGCACAGAUAUCACAAGGAGCAUCCCUGAAUGAUUUAAGGAAAAAGAAGAGGCGUGCCCCUCUUCCACCAGCUGCGUCUGCUCCACCCACUCCUGCCAUGCCAAACAGGACAGAAGACAGGGAAGACAAGAGGAAGAGCACAAUGGGUGAUGGACGGCAGGUGCCACAAAAGCCUCCUAGGGGCACCACUCGUGGUCCCCCCCAGUUAGUGAUCCCCCCACCCCCACCUUACCCUCCUCCUGGCAGUGACAUUGUGGAUCCAACAGUGUGUUACAGAGAAGCAGAUGUUACAGCACCAACAGAGCUGGUACCUAAACAGAGCCUGCUGUCUACACAUGAUAAUGUUUAUGCAGUGGAUGACACGGUUCUGGAGCUAUCAGAGGUGGAAGAAACAGCAUCAGAAAGCAGCUGUUUUGCAUCAGAGGACACCACGGAGGACUCGGGUGUUUUGAGCUCCCCAUCUGACAUUGUAUCUCUGGAUUCACAAAAUGACAGCAUGAAGUUGAGAGACAUCAAGCUGGUCAAUGGCUACAUGGACCCAGCUGAGGCAGAUGCAAUGUGUGGCACAGAGACGUGCCCCGUGCAGAACGCUUACUGUGACAGCGUGGGACCUGACAGUGCUGCGCUGAGCAGGCAAGAUGAAGCAAUGGCUUUGGCUAAGCGUGAGAAUGAAGAUACAUUCAUUGCAGCACAGUUCCAGCAGACUUUGGCUAACUUGGAUGAAGAUUUAGAAGCAGUGGAUGGUGUCAGUAACUCUGACUCUGACUACACCAGUGAAGUCUUGAACCCACAUAUAAGAAAAGCUGAGGCUGUCCAAGAUGUUUCCAUUUCUGUUCCAGUAACAAUCAUAGAUGAUGCUCCAGAUGUUAGCACCUCUAAUUCAGAUGAAAAUCAAGAGUUGGAGAUUAGGGUUUCACAGAAUACCUCAUCUGACUCUGUUAAUGCAAGAAACUUCACAAAUAAAAACAACAAUGCAGGUUCCUUUGAUAAGGGACACACAGAUGGCAGAGCUGUAUGCAAGGACCUAACAUAUCAGCAACCAUCUGAAAAUGAAUUCCUUCACUUGCCUGUGGAACAGAGGAGAGAUAUGUUUGAAUCUCUCACAUCCUCCUUUGAAAAAAGAAAUGAAAAGAACUUAAGACUGGAACCCUCUCCUAAACAUGGUGUGAAGUCUGAGGAAUGCAAAUCCAAGCUGAGUCCAUCUCACUCCAAAGCCACAAUUGAAAUCAGUACAGCAAAAGAGAAGCUAAAUCCAGUUAAUGAAUGUAGUAGCAGGGAGAGAUCUUUGAAAAAAAGUAAAUCAGAGUUAGAAAUCAAAUGGCCACCAGCAAAAAAAACGGAAGUAGAAGUCCCAUCGACACCUACAUGGUGUCAUCGUGCCCAGAAUUCAGGAUCAAGCUACGAACCUAAAAUGGGUUUGACAACCUUUAAAGUUGUACCUCCCAAACCCGAAGUAAGACAUUUUGAUAGAGGAGUUUCACUCUCCACUGGUGCCAUUAAGAUAGAUGAACUAGGCAAUCUGAUAGGCCCAAACACCAGUGUUAGUAAGCAGGUACAAGGUUCUGCUUCUGAUGAAAGUGAGGAAAUUCAUAUUGGGAAAGUGAAGGCAUUCUGGAGGUCAAGUUCUAUGGAAAAGCAAAGUGAUGACUCUGCUGAGCAUUUUCCUAAAAAGUCUAAGGACUCUAAGCCCUUCACUAUAAAACACGAACACAAACCUGUCUGUCUUGCAGCUCCAAAAUCUGCAGCACCACAAACUGUUACUACCCAGGCAGCUGAAAGACAGUCUGAGAGUGAAAGGACCAAACCAGCUCCUUCAGUUACACAGUCCCAGGUAACACCUUUAGCAGCCCCAGCCCUUAGUAAGGACAAGCUGGAACUCCCAUUUGUAAAGCCACACAGGAGAACUUCAAGUCAGUAUGUUGCCUCUGCCAUUGCAAGACACAUCAGUGCAACUACCUUUAAAUCUGACAAUAUGGAAUAUAAUGAGAAAGAUGAAAACAAGCAAGGGGUAGGAGAGGUUAAGAAUGAAGCAGAAGUUUCACCAAAAAGAUGUAUUAUUGUCGCCAAAUAUAGCCCUGUGGAAGCAGAAUCAUCAGAAACUAGAGAAACACUUUCAAGUAUUUUUGCUUGUCAGAAAGCAUCCCACAGAUUUACACCUGGUGAUAAUUCUGGUGUGGAAAACAAAGUAGUUAAUAUCAGGGCACCAAAUCAAGCAACUCCUGCGAGUUUCUAUAAAAAGAAUGCCAGUGUCCCACUUACUAAAUCCUCUUCAAAGAAUAACAACAGUGCAGAAGAUGAUCAUGGUUUAAACAGCAAACAGACUGUAGCAGAGAAAAAGAUUGUGUUUGACCAGAAAUGUGAGACUUUGACCCAUACUAACUCAGCGUCAUCCCUCAAGUCUCCUGAUCUCCAAGGAGUCCCAUCCUCUUUCAGCUCAUCUCUUCGAGUCACUAAAUGGCGUCCUGCUAACGGUGCACAAGUUAGCUCACUUAAAGCUUCAGCUGAACUAAAUGGUGUAGCAGCAAAUUUAGAGUCAGAACAGGAGGAGAAACCUGAUGAUUCAGAUGUUAAUACUGUUGGUGAUCUGGAUGUUAAUGUGCAGACCAACAUUUUUGGACCAAAGAAGAAGUUCAAGCCUAUCAUCCAAAAGCCAGUUCCAAAAGACACAUCAUUGCACAGUGCCCUAAUGGAAGCCAUUCAAACAGGAGGGGGAAAGGAGAAACUCAGAAAGGUUUCAAACAGUGCACUAAAUGGCAGUCAUGGGAAACCCUCAUAUGCUGAGCCAGAGAAUGAACGCUCAGCCCUACUAGCGGCAAUUAGAGGCCACAGUGGCACCUCAAAGCUAAAAAAGAUCUCCUCAUUGGCCUCCCAAGAGCUGCAGCGUUUUAGGGACGCAGAACGUUCCUUGCAGAAGGCAGAAGACCUUCAGGAAGAGCACCUAUAUAUCCCACCUGCCCCUGCCCAGCCACCACCACCACCUCCCAUUCAGCUGUCAGCAGCAGCUCCUAAAUCCUCUGCCACAGCUUCAGGUAAUCCAAUGGAGGCAAGGCAAGCCCUCUUGGAGGCCAUUCGCUCUGGUGCUGGAGCAGCAAAGUUAAGAAAGGUCCCUCUGCUCGUUUGA